AUGGCCGUACAGAAAGAAGCUCGGUUGGACCAGCCGUUGCCCUCCGAGGCCAAACCUACCAUAACCUCCACGGCUCUGACUCCAGAUCUAGCGAGUGCGGUGAUGAAUCUGACUCUUGAGACAAAGUUGUCGAGACAGUCUGGCUUGAACUCGUACCUGUUCAAAGAUGUUAAGACGGUGGGACUCUUGGUGGUAAUAGCGGCGUCAGUGCUGAGGUACAGACUGGCGGACUACUUCGAGCACGUACACUGGAGACUGUUGCUGAAAAACACACACUUUAUCUCGGACUUGCUCCAGACUGUGCUUUUUAUAAUCACCAUUUCUGCAGGUGUUUUUGUGUUUCUUGCAAGAUACACUGAGAUUCUAAAGGAGGAAGUGGAGGAUGUCAAGAACAACACCCCCAAGUAUUUCGGGCUGGAUCUCAAGCAAUUUGCGCAACUACCGCAAGACGUGAAGGAUUCCAAGUACAACGAGAAGGGAAAGCUCUCCGAUCUGGCUGAAUUGGCUGCUCUGGCGUCAUAUGUCCAGGUGGUGCAAUACCGUGACGUGCCGAUCGCCUCCAUUGCGAUAGCAAGAGAUGAGGCCUCGCUGCGGAUUUUGUCAUACGGAAUCCGGAGGAUCUACGUCAAAUCUGGAAUCAUGUCGGAUUUGCUACUCUGGGUCAAAUUCAAGGCAAACACCAUUGCUAAAAACGAAAAGAGCAAGGUGGAUGUCACAGUGGAUAUGUACUCGUUUGAGAAUUUCGACAGGAAACUGUUGGCCAGUGCAGGGUAUAGUAAGGUUUCAGAUGAGAAGCUCGGGAUCUGGGUUUUGGAUCUUUAUGGUGUAAGGAAGGAGACCUGGAAAUUGUCAGUUGGUGAUGCAUCGGAGCAAUCCUAG